AAGUUUGACAACUGAACAAAAAUAAGAAAUGUCAUAUUCAACUGUCAUCGCAAUAUAAUUCCGAUUUUGAUUUUGGAUAUUCUUUACAUAAUCGAGGAAAAUCAAGACGAUGUCCGUAAUAACUAAAGUCCUGGGCAAUCCCCUGAUUGCAAACAAUUGGGCUAAAGCAGCAGCUCCACUUGUGCGUUAUAAGUCUGUGGGUAAACGUGAAGCACCACUUAUUGAUGUAUCCACUGCUCUCGCUAAGCCCGAAGAGAUCGCGCAGAAGAAUAAGCUUAUGGGAACUAUCACUGUUCCUGUUAAAGUUGAUAUAACUCCAAUAUCGGGAGUUCCAUCGGAACAUUGGAAAACACGUCGUGUACGCAUUCAUAUGCCACCAAAGAACGCCAUGCAAAGUGGAACAAAUAACAUUCAAAAUUGGCAAAUCGAAUUCGAUAACCGUGAACGUUGGGAAAAUCCCUUGAUGGGUUGGGCGUCUACAGGUGAUCCACUAUCGAACUUACAAGUUGAAUUCAACACCAAGGAGGAAGCUAUUGCUCAUUGUGAAAAGAAUGGAUUGAGAUGGUUUGUCGAGAGCGAAGAGAAACCAAAGAAGGAACGUGUCAAGAACUAUGGCAUCAAUUUCGCAUGGAACAAGCGCACUCGCGUCUCAACCAAGUAGACUAGUCUAGACAAAACAAAAUGUUAUAAGUAAUUGCUAUUAAAAUUGAAGUUGUGAAAAUCACUUAACGUUGGAAAAUUAA